GGGUGGCGGGAAAAGAUGGGAACUGCGGCCCUGGACCCCUUCCAUGGAUCCACCCAGCCCGGCGGCCCGUCUCUGAGGGGAGGAGGCAGCGCCGGAGAGACGAGACAGCCCAACAGGCAGGAACCAGCCUGGGCCCGCCUGCUGCCCCGGCUGCGGCACACGCGCCGCUCCGUGGGCGGGGCCGAGGCUGCCCGGGGGGCGAGGGCGGCAGCCGACCGGGCCUGCGCCUCCCUUGCGCCGCCAGCUGCCCCAGGGCCGCCUCAGGCGGGCUCCGCCCGGCCCGAAGCCGAGAGCGCCGCGCCGCCCUGCCCCGCCCGGCCGAGUAGGCGCCUGGUGCUGCCGAGCCCCGCGCCGGGCGCAGAAGAAGCCGGGCGGCGGGUCCGGCUGCUCCUGCCCGGCCCUGUGCCUGUGCCCGUGCCCGUGCCCGUGCCCGCGCCCGCGAUGAGGACCCUCUGCCUGUCCGGCGUGGGCGGCCUGUCCGUGUGCCUGCUCAUCGCCAGCAUCGCCCUGCUGGCGGCGCGCGUCUUCCAGAGGGUGGUGGACGAUAAGGUGGAGCAGGAAACAGUAUUAAAGAAUGGCACAGAAACCUUUCAAGUCUGGGAGAACCCUCCUCCACCCGUCUACAUGCAGUUCUAUUUCUUUAAUUUGACAAAUCCUUUGGAAGUGAUUAAUGGGGCAACCCCUUUUGUGGAGGAAAUAGGGCCAUACACCUACAGAGAGUACAGGCCAAGAGUGAGUGUUCACAUUUUGGAGAAUGGCACCAAAGUAUCAGCUCUUAACCCAAAAACCUACGUAUUUGAUCCAGAGAAGUCCAUUGGAGACCCUGAAGUGGAUCUGAUCAGGACUGUAAAUAUUCCUGCAGUGACUGCAAUGGAAUGGGCCCAGACAAGUCCUCUGCACCUGCCCCUACAGCUGAUACUACUCUAUUACAGAGAAGAACUGUUUAUGACACGUACUGUUCAUGAAUUACUGUGGGGCUACAAAGAUAGUCUUCUGUCAACCAUUCAUUUCUUUUAUCCUGAGGUGGAUUCAGAAUUUGGUUUAUUUAAUAAGAUGAAUGGGACAGACGAUGGGGAAUAUGUUUUCCUAAGUGGGUCAAGGAACUACCUUAACUUUUCAAGGAUUGUGGAGUGGAAGGGAAAAAAGUCUCUGGAUUGGUGGACCACAAAGACUUGUAAUAUGAUCAAUGGGACAGAUGGAAAUUCUUUCCAUCCCCUGAUAAGCAAAGAUGAAAAACUCUAUGUUUUUUCUUCUGACUUUUGCAGAUCUCUGUAUUUGAUGUUUGACAGCUUUAGGAGUGUGGCAGGUAUCCCUGCCUAUCGCUUUGUGCCCCCUGAAGAGCUCUUUGCCAAUACUUCUGUUAAUCCAGACAAUGCUGGAUUCUGUGUGCCAGUAGGAAACUGCCCUGGAACAGGUGUCCUGAAUGUCAGCAUCUGCAAGCAGGGUACCCCCAUAUUUUUAUCAUCCCCACAUUUUUACCAAGCAGACAAAAAGUAUAUUAACAGCAUACGGGGCAUGAAUCCAAAAAAGGAAGAUCAUGAGAUGUUCCUGGAUGUCAAUCCAUUGACAGGGGUGAUUCUCCAAGCAGCCAAGCGAAUCCAGAUCAACAUCUACAUCAAAAAAAUGCCUGAAUUUUUUGACACAGGCAGGAUCAGAACACUGCUUUUCCCUGUGGUGUAUAUAAAUGAGAGUGUUUUGAUUGAUGAAGCAUCUGCCAGUAAGCUGAAAUAUGCUCUGUUCGAAGCCACUCUAUUAAAGAACAUCCCUUUUGUAAUCAUGGCACUUGGUAUUAUUUUUGGGAUCGUUUUCAUUGUGCUUGUGUGCAGGUUCCGUGGAACAAAGGACGAGGGCAGAGAAGUUCUAAUAAACUCUGAGUAAGUGCAACCAACAAAGCUAUACAGCUAAUUUAAGAUACAUAAGGGUACUGAAGACGAAAGGGCUUCACUCAUCAGGACAUCCUAGUAUUAUUUUCUCCCUAACAAGUGAGCUUGAUGAAUAAACUAUGCAAGCCAACCUAAUACCAACCACUAUGCAGCCUUCCCCACUGUGGAAAAAUGAUCAUGCUUAUUAUGAUUAUUCAUAAUACCGAGUAUGAGGAAACCUGGAACACAAUUGAAGGAGGUGACUGUUCUUACCAGCUGCUAAGCUAUGAUUUUAAAAUUAAAUUUUAAAGUGGCUUGAUAUUCUGCAUUUUCAUACUCUGAAAUUAGUAUUUAAUAUCCCCAGUGCUCUUUUUUUUUUACCUGCAACAAAAGCCAUAGACACUCAUAGCCACAGACUUAAACACUAUGAUUCAUUAUUAGGAUUAUGUGAGAGAUAUUUGCAAAAACACCUUUGUGACUUGGGUUUCUAUGUGCUUAAGACUCUUGAAAAUGGGACAUGGUCUUCUAAAUCACAUGGGAACACUUGAAAAUGUUGCCCUUAAUCUAAUAUGUACAUGGUACAUCAGACUUCUUAUUGUCACUGCAUACACUGACUGCUUAAUAGUUGUUAUUCUUUAGUCCUUUUACCUCCAAAACUUAUUUCUGAUUCUAAACCAAAUGCUGUUUUAACACACACACUCACCAGCUGUAAAAAAAGCUUUACGUAACAUUUUCUUAUAGCAGUCUGACAUAUCUUAGUGUUGCUUGAAAUCCCAUUGUGUUCUAUCAAUAAACUUCCUUUCCAGGUUUUCUAUUCCAGUUUUGGUUGGUUGAGGGUAUGAUAGAGAGUUAUUUUUUAAUCUGAGGUGACUCUCAAGUACCUUUCAUGUGAUGGAUUGUAGAUAUAAACUUUGCCAGAUUGUUUGCAGUUGCAUUCGUUAUUUAAGAAACAUGUAGCUCUUCCACACUAAGGUACAUCUGGAAACUGAAGAAAAACAGUGUGAAUGUUUAAAAUAGUGAUCAUUUUAAAAAUCCCACAUUUAAAAUAUCACGAAGAAGGAACUUUUGUAGAUCAAAAUAGAAAGAGUAUUCUUAUUGAAAAGUGCUUCCCUCAAAUAAAGGCAGUGAAACAGA